ACAAAAGGGAGGAGGCGCAUGGGGAGCUGCGAUGCGAGGGGCCCGUCGCAGCAGCAGUAGAGCCGGGUCGGGGCGAGCGGCGGAAUAGCAGCAGCAGCAGCAGCAGCAGCAGCAGUAUUAGUAGUAGCGACUGCGGAUCCCGAGGCGAUUCCCGGUGGUGAAGAUAACCGCCCCGUCUCCUGUUUGUUCUCCCCCGUAAUCCCCCCCACCCCUCCCCAAUCUCCAUCAUGGAGAUCACGAAGCCGCCGCCGCCGCCGCCGCCGACGACGACGACGACGACGACGACGCAGCUGCAGCAGCAGCAGCGCAAGUGGGUGGUGCCGUUGCUGGCGCUGGUGCUCUUCUCGUCCCUGCUCAUCUCGAUCUCCCUCUUCUCCUCCUCCCGCGUCCUCCUCCUCUCCUUCUCCCCCAUCCGCUCCCUCGCCGGGGACGACCCCCUCUUCGUCGAGCCCAAGCUCCGCCUCCUCCCCUCGCCGCCGGCCCCCUCCUCCGCCGUGCCCCGCCUCGCCUACCUCAUCUCCGGCUCCGCCGGCGACGGCGUCAGCCUCAGGCGCACGCUCCGGGCCCUCUACCACCCGGCCAACCGCUACGUCCUCCACCUCGACCUGGAGGCGCCCGCGCCGGAGCGCCUCGAGCUCGCCGCCGCCGUGCGCGCCGAUCCCGCCUACGCCCGCUUCGGGAACGUGCGGAUCGUGACGCGCGCCAACCUCGUCACCUACCGGGGCCCCACCAUGGUGGCCAACACGCUCCACGCCGCCGCCAUCCUCCUCAAGGAGGGCGGCGACUGGGACUGGUUCAUCAACCUCAGCGCCUCCGAUUACCCGCUCGUCACGCAGGACGAUCUGCUAUACGUGCUCUCGAGCUUGCCGAGACACCUGAAUUUUAUUGAGCAUACAAGUGACAUUGGAUGGAAGGAAUAUCAGAGGGCAAAGCCUGUGAUCAUAGACCCCGGUCUGUAUAGCUUGCAGAAGUCGGAUGUCUUCUGGAUUACCGAGAAAAGGAGUGUGCCCACUGCAUUUAAGCUCUUCACAGGCUCUGCAUGGAUGAUGCUUUCUCACCAGUUCAUUGAGUUCUGCUUGUGGGGAUGGGACAAUCUCCCCCGAACUGUCCUCAUGUACUAUGCGAACUUCCUCUCUUCCCCUGAAGGGUACUUCCACACAGUCAUCUGCAAUGCUCCUGAGUUUCGGAACACCACAGUCAACCACGACCUCCAUUUCAUAUCAUGGGAUAACCCACCAAAGCAGCAUCCCCACUUCCUCACCCUCAGUGAUUUCUCGAGUAUGGUCGGCAGCAACGCCCCCUUUGCAAGGAAAUUCGGCAGGGAAGACCCUGUUCUUGACAAAAUUGAUAAGGAGUUAUUGGGCCGUGAGCCUGAUGGGUUUGUUCCCGGUGGAUGGUCUGAUUUGUUAAAGAUGAAUAAUAGCGACGGCCGUUACACUGUCAAAGCUGCAUCGGAGCUUAGACCAGGGGAAGGUGCUGAGAGGCUUAAGCGACUUAUUACAGGUUUGCUUUCGGAAGAAGGUUUUGAUAACAAACAUUGCAUCUGAAAAAAAAAUCGACAAUAAAAUAUGAGGUCGGUAUACAAAAAUCUAAAGCUUUUAGCUGCUGGCUGGUAAAGAGAUGCUCGAGAUUGGUGGUUAUACGCUGCGAAAGGAUUGCCAACACGACAGGAUGAGGGUAUACAUGCUACUAAUGAUUCAUUAGAUUGAUGUUUAGAUAUUUAUCUGUUAGGUUAUUUACACGGCAUAUUCUUGGCCUUUUUGCCUUUCGGGUUGGCAUGGAUAGUUCUUCUUCUGUAACAACACGUCUUAAUCUAUGAACACGUAAUAUCGAUCAUAUUGAAACAGAGUAUUAGCAAUUAGAUUCAUUUGAAUUGAGAAUCAAGUGAUCUUAGUAUUGUAAGCGUCUUAAUUCUGACUUUCAGGUUAGAGUAUGGUUUGGUCGGCAUGUGUAUUAUUAUAAAUAAAUAAGCAUAACUGCCAGCCGAAAAGCACAAACUAGUGGUUGAAAUACAUGGUCUUCAAACGCCA